UAUCCCACUUCCCAGUUCAUCACGGCACAUAACUCUCCACACAUAAAGCUCCGCUCCUGGACCACUGAACUCACCUGUGAAAAGGACCAACAAAACAGAAAAAAGUCAAGAUGUGCUGCUCGGGGUUCCUGAAAAUUAUUAUGUUCGUCUUCAAUGGCGUCAUCUUCUUGGCAGGUGCUGCAAUCCUGGGUGUAGGGAUCUGGGUGACAGUAGACAGCAGCUCCAUGCUUGGUGUAUUAUCUCAUAUUAAAGAUGCGCCCCCCGAGUUGGCUCAGCUGGCUAAUGUGGGCUACCUGCUGAUCGCUGUGGGGUCCAUACUCGCCAUCAUGGGCUUCCUGGGCUGCUGUGGAGCCAUAACUGAGAAUAAGUGCAUGCUUCUUACAUUCUUCAUCAUCGUGCUUAUCAUCUUCAUUGCUGAAGUGGCCGGGGCCAUUGUAGUUCUGGUGUUCAAGCCUUUGGCAGAGGACAUUUUGGUCAAACUGAACGAGAAUUUUGUUAAGACCAUCCAGACGGAAUACGGAAAAAAUGAUGAAUUUACAACUGUCCUGAAUAACACUAUGCAACAGCUGAAAUGCUGUGGAUACAACAACUACACUGACUUCGAUGAAUCUCCUUUUGUAUCAUCCACCAAGCUUUACCCAACGACUUGCUGCCUUAAAGAUAAAUCAGCGUGUAAUCUGAAUACAGCACAAAAUGAGAAAGUAAAAGGUUGUUUCAAAGCUCUAGUCAAUCUGAUAGAAGAAAAUGCAGUUUUGAUAGGAGGCGUGGCGCUUGGCAUCGGUGCUCUAGAGAUUGCUGCGAUGGUUGUGUCCAUGGUCCUAUACAAUAACAUUGGGAAAUAAUUACAAAAGCUAAAGUUGCUGCAAGCACUGAUGUAUGCACUUCUUCUUAGUACGACUGACUUCAGUGCAGGCUGAUUGCUGUCUUACAGCUGCCUAUCGAUACAAAUUCUUAUGAGUCAACCCUUAUGAAAAGUUACCAGCGGUUAAGGUCAGGGUUUGGAGGGGUUCAUUAGUUUUAAAAAAACAAAAACAAAAAAACACCUCAUUUGAAUUUAUUAUAAUUCCUGUGAAUAUUGCAAGAGAUCCGAUAACAGGCUUCACCUGAGCUUGCUAAUAAGACUAAGGAUGAAUAAGUGCUAGUUAGAAAACGUUAAUAAGAACUUUUUUAUUCAAUGUAUUUGAUGCCUAUUAGCUUUUAUUUAUUGUUUUGAUGAUCUAUUAAUCAGAGCAUUGUCACCCACUCAUAUUGUUAGUUAGACUCCGGUCUAGUCUAGUUUGAAUAUUCACUUCCUGUUUACUCAGUCAUAAAAACAAAGUACUGUGUACCACUGGUCAUGAUGCAUACGUUAAAUGUAUACUGUCUUGUAAUACUAUAAAAAAUAAAAUAAAAAUUAUAAAUAAAUAAAAAAAAGAAGGACAAAAAAGGUCCUGUUCUAUUGGCUAUAUUUUUCUUCUGUUUUAACUGAAGUGCAUAACUUUUUCUGCCAAUAGAACAAGACUAGAAACACAAUAAUAUCAUAAUAAAAUAUAUUAUAUUUUCACUUGCUAUCAUUUUUUUCACUCUAUUAUGUAUGUAUAGUUUUAUGUUGUAAUGAAAUGUACUGAAAUGUGUAUUUCUGUAAAUCUAAAUGAAAGAUUUUCUCAAAUUGUC